AAUGAUGAAGAAUGGUCACACCCGGUCCAUUUAGCGGCCCAUGUUUUUGGCCCACAUGUAUAUUUGAUUUGUUUACGGUUAAGAAAUUAUGUUACGGGUGACACAGACCAAGAACAGCCUGCUCGAUGGCGCCACCAUUGCUGACAACCUAUACACCACACCGCAGGACUGCGAGGAGUUCUUUGAAAGCCUGGAAAAGCCCUCCAAAGACCCCAAAAAGUUCACCCCACGAAAAACCUUUAUUCGCGCCGGAGUACUAACAACAGUCAGAGGCUCUGCUUACAUGGAAUAUGGCAACACAAAGGUCCUGGCUAUUGUCGCACCACCGCACGAGCUGAUGCGAGCCAGUGCCCGGCGGAUGAACAUGGGAGUCAUCAACUGCUAUGUGAAUUUCGCAGCCUUCGCCACCGGCGAGCUGGAAUCCGUCCCAGAGCGGGAACGUCACUUGGGUAGCAUGCUGACAAAGGCACUCGAGCCGGUCGUCUGCAGAACAGAGUUCCUCAACUUCCAGCUCGACAUCCGAGUGCUGAUCCUAGACGACGAUGGUUGCCUGCUGAGCACGGCCAUCAAUUGCUGUGGCGUGGCCCUGGUUGAAUGUGGCAUUUCAACAUAUGAUCUGAUUACAGCCUCUACGGCGUGUAUCUAUCGCAAUCACGUAUUCCUGAAUCCCAGCUCCAAGGUGGAGGAACUACUGUGGAAGCAUCGCGGAGUCCAAAUUGAAGCUGCGAGUGGGUCUGCUCCCGAGGAACAUGGUUUGGUCAUCACCGCCAGUAUGGACACAUUUGAUCAGAUCGCCCAGUGCCAGCAGUGCGGGUACCUCAGCCCGGAAACCUAUGUUAAGCUGCUGGACUACACACUGGCUGUCAAUAAGUCUUUGAGGCAGCUAAUCCGUCAAGUGCUGACCACCCGGGUCAGGGAGCAGCACGAGCUGGAUCUGCGCGAAAAGACAGAGAGCGCCUUGGAGGACAAGAGGCUAAAAGAGAUCAUUGAACGACUGCAGCAGAAGGGACUGGAUGAGUUCAUUCAGUCCAAUAUCAAAGAAGAUCCUUAUGUGAAGAGAAUGUAAAUAAACCAAUUUCAAAUUUGAACUAAUUGGAAUCCUGAAA